AUGCACAUCAAACUGCUAACUCCUCCUUUGAUCAGAUUUGAGGAACAUUUCUCUCGCUUCUGUUAUGAAAUCAUCCCGAAACAUUGUAAAUCCAAGGAAAACGAGGCCAAGUGUGGAGAGGACGUUCGCUGCCGUUAUGACAUUGAACGAGCCUUAUCGUCAAGUUGUGGAUGUAGCGGUUGUUCAUGCUCUCUUCCGGUCUCACCAUCAAUUUCACCUCACGUCACUCCUGCCAUCAUACAACCUCUUCGUUCAAAUCCGUCCCCACCGCAAUAUCUGCACUCUUCCCCGAUUCCAAAGGAUCCUUUCACAUCUCCGAUAAAUGAGCCAAAACUGCCAGAAUCCCCACCACGUACAUGGUUCAGCAUGCAAAGAAAUAAUGAAGGUUUUUCUACGUAUACGAGUGAAAGAGGACCAUUUGCGCAACCACGUGAAAGAUUAACGGUCCCACCACCUCCACCACCUACUGCCCAAACAUUUAAAGGACCAACGGGACCAUCUUUAGUACCGUAUGCUGGUGGAAAUGAUCUGAUCCGAUCAUCUUCUUUCACCAAGCAUAUUGCACCACCAUCAAUACCUCCUACUACGGCUCAAGCUCACAUCGAAAUUAUGCUUCCAACAUCAACAAACGCAUAUGUUGAUUUAAAAAUGGAACCACCACUACAGAAAUCAACAGGGCCAUCGUUGUCAUCCGCUGCGCCUCACGCUAGGAUCCCCCAUUCGACUUCGGGCCCGAACCUGGUGCCCAACUAUGAUCCUCUUCCCAAUCAAUCCUUUUCCACGAAAAAAGAGGAGACGGAAUUGUCAUUUGCAGUUCGAGACGACAAUUUUCUAACAGGUCGAACAGCCAUUUCAAAAUCAGGCUACUCAAGUACGGGAAAUAAGCAAAUCCAGGUAGCAGGUAGUAAAAUAGCAAAAGAAGCAAGCGAUUACAACUCGAUUGGUGCCUCCGUGGAGGAGGACAGAAGGCCAAUGUUUUUGACGUACUAUAACCAGGAAUGUUCUGGAGUGAUGGUAGCCGUGUUGGAGGACACAUCCAUACUAGGAGCAACAGAGGAAUGCUUAAAAAUGGGAUGUCAGGCAGUGAAUGCAGAAUUACAUCAAGAGGGAAGCUAUACGUUCACCUAUCUGACCACCGUUAAAGGGCGUUCAAACAAGAAAGGAUUCUACUGUAUGUCAGUGAGUGCAGUUCCUGUAGUACAAAGGAACGAAGAUGUACCUCAAUCCUUUAAGUAUAAGGAAUCCUUGAAGCCGCAACAAGAUCCUCAGGAUGUGAAAACGUUGUUCCUUCGGCUGUAA